GACAAACCGGCAAGCACUACAGAAAGAGAUGCUGCGGCGACGUCCCCUCACAUCGCCCUCCGCCCAGCAGCAGCAGCCCUCUCCAAACUAUUGGUGACGCGCUGGGAAGCACCUAGCACUAUGUGCGCGCCCGCGGGAGGGGCCGAUAGAAAAUGGCGAGCCUGUGCAAGAGGCAGCAAUGCACGGUAGAGAGGCGCGGCUUUCGGCAGGAACUUGACUCGUGGAGGCACAAACUCAUUCACUGUGUAGGGUUCGAGAGCAUCCUGGAAGGCUUGUUUGGGUCCGGACUAAUCGACAACAUCACCCUCUUUCAAGACUGCGAGCCCACGGAGGUUUCAGACUGGUCUUUUGAUGAGAACUGUCUCUUCUGCUGCUCGAGGCGGGAGAAAAAGGUGAAGAAGCGGACAGAAGAGGACCGUGUUGUGGACAGCCAGGUGAACCAGAGUGACGAGCAGUCUAGGAUCUGUCUGGAGAGGCAGGCACAAGACUUCCUCAAUGCUGUGUUGCACAGGAAAGAACUGCCAGGUUUCUCCGACCCUCAGAUCCCCUUAGUGGCUCGUGAGAUCAUGCACAGAAUGAUCCGCCAGUUCGCUGCCGAAUAUACCUCAAAAACUACUCAGGAAGACCCGCCAAACACCCCCAUCAAGGACCAAAGCCUGCUGCCGAGAGCGCCCUCUCUGGCCCCGGGCCCUGGGAGUCCCCAGGGGCCCCGGCCACUGAGCCCCCUGGCCCUGCCUCCGCCAGAACCCAGCUCACCAUCCCCCUCGCCCUCCUCCUCUUCAUCCUCCUCAUCCUCAGCCUCCUCCCCGUCACCCGCUAACGCCGGUGGAGCCACUCCUGCUGCUCCUUCUGCUAGCAGCGCUGCUACCGCUAGCGGCGCUAGCAGCGCUGCUACCGCCGCUGCCUCGGCCCAGAACCCGGUGCUCAGCAAGCUGCUGAUGGCCGCCCAGGACGCGCCGCUGGACCUCACCGUCCGCAAGGCCCAGGAGGAGCUGGAGCCCAGCCAGCAGGAUGGCGUCCUGGACCUCUCCACCAAGAAACAUCACAGCAUCCUCAAAACCUCGCCUGGCCUCUCCUCCUCGCCCACCGUCAAGGGGAGAUCCAUCGGACUGGACCGAGCCUCCAGGGACCUGGACGAGGAGGACGGCCCGCUGCCAAGAAGCUUGCAGGACGGGCGGAGGGACCUCUCCAUCAGCUCUACCUCCCUCAAGCCACCCCUGGCCCGCUCGCUGGUCAUCAAGGAAGAGCUCCGGAGCCAGAAGCACCGCCUCCUCAGCCAACCCGCCGCACUCUCAUUGGCUAAUCUGGAGUCGGCCGGUUUGCUCAACCACGGGCAAGCCCACUCACUCCUGAGCCGGGAGAGCUCCGGGUCCCCGUGGGGGGGGAAAGCCCGCCUGGACAACCUGCUGAAGCUGAAGCAGGCCAGCGGCUCUCUCUGCGGGGCCCUCGGCGACCUCAAGGAGCUGCCUCUGUUCCUGGAGAACCACCACCACCACCACCACAACCACCACGGCUCCUCCAAGGGCUCCGCACACCACCACCACCACCACGGCCACCUGCAGAUCUCCAAAGCCUACCACCACCACAACCACGACAGCAAGCGAGAGCAGGGCCACUCCCCCCCCGUGGACCUGAAGAUCCCCCAGGUCCGCGGCGUGGACCUCUCCUGGGAGAGCCACGCCUCCGACCUCUUCGGCUACGGUCCCCUGGGGCUGGGGGGCAGCAGCCUCGCCGAGAACGCGCUCAGCCGCAAGCUGAGAGCCAUCCUUCCCAAGCAGAACCACCGAGGAGGUCUGGGGGGCUUGCUGGAGGGGGCGUCCGACUACUGGAGCUCCUCCGAGCUGGACCAUCCCAGCUCCGGACCGGCCUACUCCAACUGCGACCUGGAGGGAGACUCGGUGUCGAAGCAGCCCAGGAAGAAGAGGGGCCGGUACCGGCAGUACAACAGCGAGAUCCUGGAGGAGGCCAUCGGCGUGGUGAUGACCGGGAAGAUGAGCGUGUCCAAGGCGCAGAACAUCUACGGCAUCCCGCACAGCACCUUAGAGUACAAGGUGAAGGAGCGCAUGGGCACCCUGAAGAACCCCCCAAAGAAGAAGCUGAAGCUGAUGAUGAGGAUGGAGGGGGGCCCGGACUCCGCCGCCGAGUCCGAGAACACGCCCACCACCACGCCCCGCGACGACGAGCCACCGCUGGCGGCCGCCGAGCUGAACGACGACUAGUGUCACACCUUUUGA